UGUCAGAUAAAGUGCUUUGGGAAGUCAUUCCGCACCGUGUGCUCGUCUGCUGUGUUCAGUUCAUGUUCAAGAUUUGGGACUAUGUUUUUGUAUGAGGAUUUCACCGCAUUUACACGUUCGUUUACUCCUUCCCCGUCGCUUUACGGGUAGCGCGCGGGGUACCAUCGCGUUCGUUGUUAUUAACAUCGUGACGGUUGAACUAACGGCUCAGUGAUACAGUAGCUUCGGGCUAUUUUUGACCUUAAAGUGGAAGUACUUUAUGGAAAUGCGAAGAAUUCCCACCAUGUUGUGUGUUUGCUUUCCCGGUUAGCUCGUCUUAACUGUACAGGACUCUACAUAGUUACAAAGCAGACUUUAUAUUAAUAUAUAUAUAUAUAUAUAUAUAUUAAAGCUUUUCAUUGGACUUUGCUAUCUUUCACUACUUCAAUGAACCAUAACGUUCAGAGACAACAUGUCAUUCACAAGAGAACAAUCGGACUGUUUGCUGACUCAUCGUUGAGGCUGUAAACAUGCUUUAAUUCAGGUAAGUGCAAUCAUGUUGCACAUGUAUCCGGUCACUUAUGCCUUGUUGUGAUUGUGAAAUUAUGGGAAGACAAUUCAAUUUACUGUGUAGGCAAUGUUUACUGACUUUAUAUAUAUUGUACUAAUAAACCCUCAGUCAUAACAUGCCCUGGAAUAAGUUACUGUACCAUGAAUGAGAAUGACUGGGCCUUUAUGUAUUGAGCAUAUUCAAAAGUUGCAUGUUAUAUAACAACAUAUAGCAGCAGUUGUGCACACUGAUACCAUAAUGUAGAUGCAUUGGAAGAUUAAUGGAGUGUUUCUGCAGUGCUUCACCGUGUCAGACAGUCUCUUGGCUCUGUAGUUAAAGACUUGAGGGGAACUCAAUCUUGUCUGAGAGACACCAUUGAGAUGGUUGCUCCUUGUGCACAUGUCAGGAUUAAAGGGUAACUCAAGAUGCAAGCUUUCACUCUCCACUCAGACAGGAGUUCAAAUUUAACGAGGGUUUUUAUACUAUGCAGAAGUGCAGCCUCACAUAUUCAUAUUUUUAUACCACAACUGAAGUUGCUGUCAGUCAAGUCUCAUAACUAUGUGUGUGUGUGUACCGUUUUAGGCUGUGAUCUAUUACAGCCCAGACGGUGCAAAGCGCCAUGGCAUCAACGUGCUGGCACAAAUUAGGAUAAGGCAUGACUAAUUGCCCUUAGUGUAAGUGAGAUGGACGUCCCUGGUGUUUUGGGUAGGGUAGGGUAGGGGGGGGUGUGUGUUCAAACACACACAUACAGGCAGAAUCCAUGUGUGUGUUCCUCAGGCACCUGUUGGCGCAUAGGUCCUGUAGCGCCACCUUGGCUGAGGGUGUGUUUACAAUCAGAUUCCCCCCCCCACCCAACAACAGCUGAAUGUCUCCACUAUUUGGACCCCCCCAAAUUGCAGUUCAAUAUGUGAGGGUUUUUCCCAGACUGUGUGUUGUCUGCCUGUCUUCCUCUGUGCCCUAACCCUCUACUGACUAGUGUGAAGAUACACUUCAUGCCCAUUACCCUGUGCAUAGUACUCAUUCCUGAGACACUGUAAUAUGACUUUGAGGGCCAACAGAUAAGAUGUCAAAGUGUGUGCUCGCAUGAUGCUAAGAUUGGCGACUUACAACACAGAAAAGUCUGGAGUAAUUUGUCUGGCAAUGCCAGAAAUCACAGACUCGGGGAGUGUAGAUCAAGGUGAGUGAUACACAACCUUUUUCAAACUGUCAGACAUGAGCUUUCUGCAUCCUUUACACGCUGGGUGUUGUAUUUACUGUGAGUUGUGCUUUCCUUCUCAUUUGUUGUAAGAUGAGGGAUCUAGCUGAGAUUGGGGCACUCAAGUUAAUGCAGUGUGCUUCUAGUUUUGUGGAUGUUUUCAUGUGUGUGUGUUGUGGUGUACUUGAUUUUUACUUAGACUUUUCUCUGAUCCUCCUUGCCCGCUGCUCUAUCAUUGGAGCUAUGCUUAGCCACGCUUAUCAGUCGGUAAGACCACAGAUGUUUAAGGGCUUGGAAUAGCUCAAUGUGUAGCAGAGUGUAGACAUCGGGUCUCAGAUGCACUGACGGCGUCCGAAAUAAUUGACAGGAGCUUGGGGGCAGAAAAGUCCCUCAAAGAUCAGGAAAUGCCAUUUGAAUAAAAAUAAAAAAAGACUUCUCUAUACAUUUACAAUCUCCUUAUUUGCAUUGUGAUAACGGCACAUUGGUUAACUGCUCUAUUAUAUCCAUUUACAGCCCUAUUGCAGUAGAUGGAAUGGGUUGAGUGUGUUUCACUGUGUGCAAGUCCCUCAGUUCUCUUGCUCCAAAUAGUGUGUUUACACAGGAGUCGUGGUGAACAUAAUGCAGGUAUGUGGCAGCAGAUGUGUGUCAUUAUUGGCUCGAUGACGCCAUGUAUUGUUCAGACACAAUGAGCAGUUGCUAAAAACAAUCUGGCUGUACCUACACAUGUCGUAAACACUUAAAUACAACACUUUUGAUAAGAUCAGGGGCUCAUUCAUGACAUUUCUGUCGGGGGGGAUUUAGCUUUGUCCUUAUAGUGACCUACUGUCAUGUUCUAUUUUCAUAAUAAUAAUGUGCAUCAUUGUAAGCUUCUAUACCCAUGGUGCACACACACAGGUGUAUUUACCUGGCCUGAUUACACCUUGUGUGUGGGCGUGUACACUGACUGUGCAUUGUUGACGUUGUCCAACUUCCGUCUCCGCCUAAUAAUAUAGCUUUAAAUGAGUGUGCAUGGCCUUCAAGUAGGAAUUAAUUAGAUUAAAAAUUGACAUUUUGUAUGUACAUUUAUCAGAUAAAUUGAAGCACAUAAGUCACAUUCAUUUCCUGUCAUUGUCGUCGUUACUUUUCAAUUGACGGUACUUCAUAAGAACUGUUUCCUGUACUGAGUGCAGAUUCAGAAGCAUGGUAUUUUCAGCACGUGUUCCCACGUGACCGAUAAAAGAAAGUAUGUGUCCCUGCUUCAUCCAGUUCCUCCGUGUCUUAUUAGGUCAUGAGGGGUGCUCUCCUUAAAACCUUUACGUCUCAUUCAAUAAUCCUUUAAGGCGUUGAGUCAUGUGACAUAUAGAGUCUUUAUGUGCUUGGGAUAAAGCCGUUGGUGUGUGGGAGACAGAGAGGGUAAAAGUUUACUUUUACUUGCACAAGCGUGACGUUUAUAUUCAAAUACUGUGUUUGCAUGGCGGGCUCAAACUGCAGCAUUUAUCGUCACCGUGUAAUGGACUUCACUGCGCACAAUAGCCUUUCUGUGCUCAAAGCGAUUCGCACAGCGGGGUUUAUCUGGCCUCAACCGCCACCAAUGAGUAUUCAGCCAGUUUACCCCAGGGGAGUAGAAAGGUUACUCUAUUGUAUCAGACGCUCUUUUAGAUGGGUUCCCUUCUAGUUUCAUCGGUUGACUUUAUAGCUCUAAUCCCUGUGAGAAACGGGACACAAAGGUAUGGCGUUUGAUGGAUGUUAACCCCGAACUGUGGCCUUAUUUGAUACGAGGAGGCCGUGUUCUCCCCCGGCCUCAUGUGAGACUGUUUGCUAGUUACUGCAGAAGCAUGCACUGCCGAAGAGGAUAAUUGAGAGAUGGGGUGAACAGGAAGGAGGCACAGGAAAAGAGGGAAGUUGGGCAGAGAGGAAGUAGUGCAUUGUCCAUUCACAGAGGAUGAAUCCACCAGGAACACCAUCAAUUUAACGCUUAUAAUUUAGGCUAUGUUUCAUAUUCAGGGCCUUACCAAAGCCUCGUCUCUCACCUCUCAUGACAGGCCUGUGUUUCGCAGUGUAACAGAAGGUAUAUGAGCCGGAGAUGAUUCAGAUGAACUCGCAUGUCGGUUUGAAGAAAAGCCGUUGAUUCAGCAGAAGGUUAUGUGAUGUCAUUGUUCUGGCAUCAAAGAAAACUUUGGGGGAAGGCAGGCAGUUGCUGAACUGGCCGUAACUCUACGUGUGUGUGUGUGUGUGUGUGUGUGUGUGUUCAUGAAUCAUGUGAGAAAACAUGCUUCUAAAGGCUUUAUCCUUCACUUAAGGGGCUCUAAUCCGAUGCAUGUGCCUUUACUUUUUAUAAUCUAAAAGCAUGACACUUCAGUUAAACGUGAUAUUGUGUUUCGUAUAAAUGUUGUCAAGUUCUCAGCAUAGCUUUGAAGCAGACUAUUUAUUUAAAUGUUAUACCAUGCCAACAGUAUAACUUAAUAACAGAUCAUAGAAUAUGCUUUCACAACAGCGUGACUUACUCCCAAGUUGCUGCCAAGAUACAUUUCAAUAGAUAUUUUUCAUAGAUGAUUUCGGCUUAUCAGGGAAUGUUUAUCGGAUCGCACACAUCCGCUCACCUGCACUGACGGGGUAACGCUCCUUGACGGUCACGUUACAUGCACUCGAUUCUUUGUUGACGAGAUUAGUGCCGAUAUUCCCCACGGGAUAUUUUGAGUCUAAACCGAGGCUGUACCCAUAAUUAUAGAAAAAAAAAAAGAUCUAAUUUGUAAUGUAAUCUUGAUUGUUUGGACUGCAACUCGGGAUUGCUUUAAUAAUUGAUUUUUGACAUUUUGCACUUCAGACGGGCUAUUAUAUAAACAGCUUGUAUUAAUUGAUUUAAUGCGAUAGAAAUGAAACGACUACAGAUGAUCGACAGGGAAAACACCUUUUGAUAGUUUUAAUGGUUUUACAGGUAUAGGUCAGAGUAAACGAUCAUUUUAAUUUACAUUCAUUCAAUUGAUUCUGCACUGCUGAUCCCACUGAGAACCAACACUCCACUUUGAGGGUCUGUGCAGCUCUCGGCCACUUUCAACGUACCUGUGUGGUUUGCUGGACCUCUAAACCAGUACAGAUUCACAUAACAACUCAUAAACCCAGCACAUCAGCUCAAUAAUAACCAUUCUUUGCUAGCAUGUCCAGCUGAGAGUUGUUUACUUACAUGUAUAUAUAAAGUGAACUUCUCUGCUCACCUGACAUAACUCCAAAGUAUUGCGAGGCAAUGGCUACAAAAAGAUAACAGUUAAUGCCAUCAGAAAAGCUGGCCUCGGGCUGCUGUCUGCCCGGCCUUCGGCUAUCAUCUACACAAACGACUGUAAUGACCUCACUGACGGUGAUUGACACCUGCGCUGUAGCCAAUCAGAAGGUGAGAAUUAAACGGAGCUGUCGAAUGCCCUGCAGUCCUCUCAAAGUGAGGUUCAGGUGAAGGCCGAGGAGAGAACAGAUACUCUCCCGUCUGUCCGUUCAGGGCGUACAAUGAACGAUGAAGCAGAGAGAGGAGUGGUGUGAGGAGAAACGUGAUUAUGGUGAUUGGUGCGUGGACAUCUGGGCGGCUCAAACGGGGAAGAUAAUUAGAUUCUGCCAAGUCCUGCCAUGACUUCUACUGCUCCAUCACACCUCAGAGAGAGGGCAGGAGUGUUAUUCUUAUGGAUGAGGACGGUUCGUGUCACAUGUAUGACUCAUUUUGGUUCAGACUUUCUCUGUCACUAUCUUGGUUCUGUGCGUGCAUCCUAAAUGAAUGCAGCACCACACAAAAAUAUCUCUCUCCUCCUUAUCAUUGAGUAGGAAAAUGAAAUGCAUCUUAUAUUCAACAGCUGUCUUUGAUUGAAGCUUGUUAAUGGAAGCCGAACCUGAAGCAAUUUAAAAGCUGAAGUAUUCCUUUGACUUUAUUGCUGCUGGUGUGGGUUACAUCAGACUCCCUGCUGGGAUUUAUCAGGGCGUGUACCGACAAACGGGAGAUAUGGAGGAGCCGGCAGUGCUCGUAUUGUUUUACGACUGGCACUCAGCAGAAAACGGUUGACUGACUGGAACCAGUAUGCUGUCGACCAUGAAAUGAGUCGGAGGAAAUUGAACUCGCAUUGAAUCUUUAUGAGAACCACAACAAACUCCUCUUAGCUGGAGUGACUUUUCAUGUGCAGCUGAGGGCCCAGGCAGGGUCCGUUUCCCUAUGUUAUCCCCUCUGGUGAUCCUCUGGUGAUUACGGGGGCUGCAGCAUGCACACUGGAAAUUGCUACUUUGGCUUGUUGGUAAAAAUGUCUUGAGCUGGGAGGAUUAAGUAGCUUUAGUCUGUAGACUUUGUACCAUAUUGUGGAUAGUUGAUCAGCCUCUUUCCCUGCUGCAGAUAAUCUCAUUUGUACUGGAAAUGGGUCUCUGUAAUGUGUUUCUUCUCUUCUUUUUAGUGUAUUUUCCUCCAAAACAUGAUUUCUCCUCACCCACUUGCAGCACACUAGGUGUGGCUCCUAAAAGAUGCCCUAUCAAAUAUUAAACACACCCAUAAAGGCUCUGUUCUCUCCACCCACACACCCAUCACCACACACACACACACACACUUGCAGGGAGAGAGCCAGGCAGCAGACAGAUCGACCUCUGAAGAGUGUCUUCCUGCUGCUGUGCUCUUUCUUUUGGGUGCUACAUUACUUUCAGGUUAGAUGUUUCAGAGUGACAUGGCAGGGCGUAGCUCUGACUCCGGGAUGAAGAUGAUCGGACUAGUCAACACAAGUUCACUGGGUUAAGGUAAUCUUUUGUAAUCUACUUUUCUGUGGUGCGUUAUGAGCAAUCGUGUCUGUGUGUUACUUCCAACAUGCAAUGAGUACACACUGUAGUUGUUCAUGUAGCACAUUACCACACCUUCUCUGUCUUUCUUCACUUCUCUCUACUCUCUCUCAACAACACUCUGUUGGUCUCUGCCAUUUGAUCUACCACAGUUAGCGUACAGCAUUACCAAACCCUCUAUACCGUCUCAUUGGAUUAGCAUCACGUAGCAUCCGUGCAGCCCAGACUAUUGCUUUCACUCAAUACACAUUAGCCUAGCGUCAGUGUUGCUUUCAUCCCUGUCUCAUUCUAUUAGCCUGCUCUAAUGGCACUCUGUUAAUCUCUUCAGGGGCAGAGCUGUGGCCCAGUACCGCUCAGACCAGAUGACGGGCCUGGUUAUUACUCCACUGGGACACUGGACUCCGUCAAUAUAUGGAAAUGAAGCUGCACUUUGGUUUAGAUUCAGUAGGAGGUGAGAAAGUCAUUUGGGCUUCAUUUGAUUGUCGGGUUGUAUUUUUAAAGCCUUCAUCCAUUCUCAGAGCAGAGACUUUGAAUUAGAUAUCAUCCGGUCUACAUAUUUUCUUUAAAAUAAAUGGAUCUGUACUGUUGGUUAAAACAAGCCUUUGGCUUUGUUGGGAGUCUCCACAGAGGAGAAGGACACGGCUCUUAUGUGUGUGUGUGGGUGGUCCUUUAUCUUGUGUAAGUGUGGAGCCAGCUGGAUGACAAACUAGGCUCUUCAGACAGGGCUUAUAUAACAUUUGAUCCAUAUAAUUGAUUGGUUUGUCGCUAUGAAAGACAGAUUUACCACAAGAUGGACAGAAAGAUAUAUAGAGAGAGAUGGAGGUAGGGAGGAGUUGCAAGUUGCAGCUGCCUUCAACAUCGUACUAUUUAUGAAACCGUGCCACAAGAGUCUUCAUCUUCUCUCGCUCACUCCAGCCAUCCGUCAUGUGCUUCACUCCACGCGUGGCUGUCUUCAUUAUGGAGGUGAAUCACAGUCCAUGAUGGUUUGAAUUGCUGAAAUAUAGUGAUUUUAGUUUAAUAGUUUGUUUGUUUUUUUCAAAGGAGAAAGCACUCUUCUUCUUAAGUCUUGCUGAAGCUACUUUUUGUUUGGAUUUUCAGCCUCUGCAGUUACACACACUGCUGUUGUAUUUAGGAAGCUAUUCUGAACAUUUAACUAUAAUUUACCACUCUACACAGGAAAUAUGAUAACAGCUAGGAACAAGGACAGCAAAGCUGGGCAAAUAUAUACUGUAUAUAUAUUUAAUGCUUUAAAAAGUAUUUGGCACUAAUGUACACUAGGGGUGUAGCAGUCAGUACACAGAAGUCACAGUACGCUUUACACCCAUGUUUAUAUACAGCUUUGAUUUCAGUUUCUGAUAUUGUUUGUUUUCUUUUGAAAUUGCUUUUUUUACAUCUGGCAUCCCUCACUCUGGAUCCUUCUCUGGGGUUUCCACAGUCUCAAUAAAGUCAAAUAAAAAUCCUCCCCUUCUCAUUCUUUCAAAAUUGAAUGAAGGAGAGUUAAGAGAGAAAAGGUGGAUGAAGCCUGACGUUCUGCUGUCAGAGACAUUGUAGUGGGAGAGAACUGUGAGCAUUGGGAGAUGGGGUCAGACACAGCAGAAUAGAGGGUUUACUGUGUGUAGUAGAGCACAUUCAUUCAUGACCCAAUAGAUCGUAGCCCUCGGCCCGUCGCAUCCUAUCUGCAUCCAUCCUGUUACUCUGGAAGAAUGCAUCUUUGUAGUGUGUGUGUGUGUGUGUGUGCAGUUCAAAAGUGAAAGCUUUGCCAGAGGAGUAAUAAACGUCCGUAUUCUUGCACAAUCCAAUUGUUCAGCCUUUCCUGCGUCUCUGCCAGGUGCGUUCUGUCUGGCUGUCCUCUGAGUCGGAAAUGAAGUAAGGCCAAAUAACCUCACUGGCAGACAGACGGGAAGCUCCCAUUUCUCUGUCUGCAGAGAGUAAGAAAAGAUGUCAUCUCACCUUCCUGCUCAUUUCACACACGGGGGAUGACUGCUGAGAUGCUAAUAUGCAGGUCUAGCAGGAGAUCUCUCUGUGGGAGAAGCCUGAGGUUUUGUGUCACCGUCUCUUCACGUCUAACUCUAUUUAACAGUAACUGUCUGCAUCUCUGUGCAUUCCAUUGUGUGUAUUGUUCGUCUCCCUUGACGGGGAGUGAAACCGCGGCGAAGCUGUACAAGCACCGGGUGAUAUUGGAAGUUGAUCUCGGCCCUUCGUCAGUUCUAGGAAACAGACGCAAUCUAUAAAACAUUGAGGUUUUGGGGAAUCGAGAUACAACUGCAAUGAAGAAUACAAACAAGAAAACAAAGAAACUUCAUUGUUAUAUCUGUAGAUUUCAAUGUUGAAUCGGGUUAAAAUGAAUCAACAGCUCUUAGGCUUGUUCGACUGUCUCUCAUUGCAGUGUACAUCAUUUGUUUUUACUGGAACGUUAUGUUUUCACGAUAUACAGAGGUAUGAUUACAACCCUUACUUCAGUCGGACUGUGUCUCUGUUGUCUUUACAUUAUUUAUCUUUUUACACUGUUAAGAUUUCAUGUUUUCUUUCGUAUGCAGUGCAGAGGCACAAAAGGCACGUUCUUUGGUUGAUAAGGGUUUAGUGCAAACCAUUUGCUAGAUGUUAGUGAAGCUCUGGUCUAUUUAUUUACAGUUCUAUACUCUGGGGGGGGGGGCUGGCCUACAGAUAUGAGCGUUUGACAGAUGGCCUGCACGGUUUACUGCUCUACCUCUGAAUGUGUGUCAGUCAUUAGAACGCUGUUGUUUAUGUGUGGUCCUCUGGAGCUGACCUGUGUCUUUGUCCCAGUAUAAGGGAUCAGGGCCGGGCAUUAACCUUAGUGUGUUUCUAGCACCGAGUAAUAGAACCAAGAUACUUUCAAGACACAUUUACUGAUUUUAAAAUAAUAAUUUCUUCAAAGUGUUUACUUAGUGCUUGCACUGAUGAAUGUAUGUGGCACUUUUUUUUUUACAACAAAACUUAUAUAUAACAAGAAUUGAAGCUGUGGAUUUCUGGUGACUUGCACCAGCACUGCAGACGGCCGUAUGAUGAGUGAGAUGACCCAGAUGAAUAAACGUUGGCAGUGUGUGGAUCUGCCACGCUGGACGUGAAUGAAAGUUGAGAGGUUGUGGGUUCAUUCACAGUAGCAAAAAAAACAACCCCUAAUCGAAUUGCUUCCCAUUAAACACACACAUAGACGCAUACAUUCCCCCCCCCCCUUCCCCGGGGCAGAGAGGCUUUGGUUGCCCUGCCUGCACAUGCUGACCUGAUUUUGUGUGUAACUGUGUGUUUGUUAGUGCUCGUGCCCAUGUGUGUCUAUGCAAUGGAUUAGGAUGGUGGCAUAGCCAGACUUCUAUGGCAGUGGCGAGUGUGUCUCUUUUAAUUGUAGACGCGUGUGUCUGCGCAUGGGAAUGUGGGGCAGUGUGGAGUUCUUUUUUUUUUUCCCCCGAUUAGGAGACCCACAUUGUAACACAACACCCCUCCCCCACCCCUUCAAAAUUGAAGUAUCUGCCUUUUGUGUCUUUGUGCCAGUUUGUCAAAGGAUUAACUCACAUGUGAGAAAUUGCUCGAUCUACUGUGGACGAGCAACACAGCAGGCAUUUCUUAAAAGUUAAUUAAUGAAUGUUUGAUGCAACACUCAUUUAUUUUCUACCGGGGUGAAAAAGUCUACAGACACCUUUUUAAUAACUGCUUUGCUCCCUCAUGCAGAUGGAUCACUUUCUGCUAAGCGCACCAGCCAUCUGGAUCUCACUAACUUUCCUAUUCAUAAUCUUCCAGCACUAGCCAGAUGGAUGUAACACGCAGGUGCACCACAAACGCAUGUACACUUGUCACAUGGCUGAUUUGGAAUUGAAUGAUUUUAUAACAGGAAGCGGCCCCGUGUUCUCCCUCUAUUGGCUUUACAUGCUGUACGUCCUCCAUUCACUAUUCAUAGUGCUGGCCAGCUUCCCAGCGCUGGUUUUUCUUCUUGUCCUCCAGGCCUUGUCUGUUUGCCCGUUGUUUUGUUGGCCAGGCGUGUUGGCGCCAUAUCCUGCAAAAACCUGCGCCAGCUACAGGUCAUGUGUAAAACUCUUCCUUUUAUUUACCCUCAAGUUUUCGGAGAUUUUAUGUAAUGAUUACAUUAUUUCAAACGAAUCACAACAAGCACACUCUUCAGUUUCCUGCACUGGAUUUAGUUUCAUACAGUGGUGCCGUCUACUUUGAAAAUAGUCAAGUACUUAGAACAUUGUUUAAGGAAGAGACAUCAGAUUCAUCAUGUGUGAUUUAAAAUUUGUGGCCCUGUACCAGUUGCAUGCAAUUGAAUUGGCCAUUGUGUCUCUCACAUUACCACGUGGAAGCGUCAUGCCAGACUUUCCGGGACAAAGUCUCAAGUCACCCUGUAAGCUUGCCAGAUUAAUCCCUAAUGCUCCUCACAGUCAGCGAUCUUUGAAAAGGAGAGAGACAUGCAGCCACUGCAGGAGGUGGACAGGACGAGCUGUGGUAUUAUUACUGCUUAUCUUUACAGAUACAUUACAGAUCAGGGCAUACGUUCACAAGUGUGUGUCUCUGCGUUUGCUAAUGUGUGUUUCAAACUACAUUUGAGUUUCCUCUUUCACUCAACCUGUAAUGGAACUUUUCACAGUAGUGUUUUUUUGUCAUCAACAGGACUAUGUUAACCAAUUAAAGUAAGAUAUAAAGAUGCUUGUCAGUGUGUCCCAAGUCAUGGACACUUAAAUCUAAUCUGUCUGUCUUUUUUCUAUUCUUUCCCCAGUUGAGUGUGAUUUCAUGUUCCUCCAUGCCUUUGUUGGCAUCUAAUGGAAGAAAAAGCACCCACCAAGUCUGCCAUGGUAUCUAGACUGCCUAAGUUCGGUGGACGCUCCUCAGCUGGUGGUGCUAGCCCUUUGUACAAUGGUUCCACACAGCCAACCACCCCUACCCAGGAUGGUAAGACCACUCCCCCGGCAACACGCCCAAAUGGUGUAAUCCGUACCUCUCCUUUUUCACUGAAAUGGAAGAGAGAUGAGGGGACGACCCCCCCGAGCCCCACCACCCCAGCCAGCCCUGGAGAUGGAGUUGAAGACGAGGCUCAGACACAGCUUCCCUCAUUGGCAAAGGAGGUAAAGAACGGCUCUCCGGCGACACCCAAGAUGCGGAGGUCAGGUGCUUUGAUGUUGGCUGUCUCCAGUCCCAAAGCCAUCCCUAAGCAAUCCUUGAAGAUGAGUCCCAAAGUAGGGACCAAGCUAGGCCGAAGCCCACUGAACGGCGGUCCUAAAAUGGGCCAUAAUGGCUCCAGCGUUCCUGCUCGAGCAGGGUCGGAGUCCCGCCUUGCGCGACCAAUGUUUGACUCCAGCUCUCCCCGCAGUAGCUCUCAAGACAGCCUGUCCCAGUCCAGUGACAGCCUGAAGACCUUGGCCCAGGACAACAUGGUGCGGUCAAACAGCUUCACUCACUUUAAGCAGAUUCCCUCGCCCAGCAGCCAGCCCAUGAUACGGUCCUUCUCCUUUAACCGGGCUGUGGAGUUAGCCAAGCCUCUGGCAAACACUCAGCUCCGGCCUCCUCGGAGUAGUUACCUCAAACCCCCUCAGCUGAGCAAUGGUAGGGUGAGUUUAGGACUUGGAGGCCUGCAUGGAAGCCUUGGAGGUUCAGGAGGUCUCAGUGGAGGACUUCAGUACAGUAGACCUCCUUCAGCUGCCUCCUCUCUGCCCACCCUCUCGAUCCCCCCAGCACCCAACACUCCCAGCGCUUUGAAGAAGCCACUGCUCCCCAGUUGUGUCCUGACCAAAUCACUGGGCGGCAGUCGGGGGGCUUUGGGUUUCAGGCUGGCUCGAUCUGGGCUGCAAAAUAAUCUUUUUCCAGGAAGGGUCAAGGGGGAUAUCAGACCUUCAGCUGCCCCUAAAUGUGCGGGGCUAUUAGCGAUAGCAAUAGACAUUGAGCGGACUGGUGAGGCUGACAAAGCAGACUCCCAGAGUGACAGUGAUGGAAGCUCUGGAGCAGGAAAAGGAGGAGGAAGUGGUGGGGUUAGGAAGAGCUCUGGCCAGACAGCCGGCGAGACUCUGGAGGACAUGUCCUUAUCUUCGGCCUCAUCUCUAGACCGAGGCGACACCAGUGAAGAGUUUCUCGAUGACUUUGACUGUGUGGGCGAUGUGUUCAGUGAUGUGGACCUGCCUGACAACAGAAAGACUGGCAGCACUACUCAAACCCGCUUGCACAGCUUUCUCAAUGAGACCCUUGACUGGGACUCUAUGGAUCUGGCAGGGCAUAAAGAAGAAAGCCCGAUGCAGGACUCCCAGGGACCACUGGUGUUGUCUUCAGAGCAGAGUGAUGUCCUUCAGGCUUCGCCUGUGGAGCUGUCCACCUCCAACAGCUCUGGUGGAACCUACAUGUGGGAUGAAGAUGGUCUUGAGCCCAUCGAGGGGCCUGGGACACAUCCGUGUGACAGCUUUGAUGAUUCAGAGCUCAACAGCAUGGAUAUCCUGAACAACCUGGAACCUCCAGGAAGUGGAGACUUGGAUGAUGAUGACCUCAUGCUUGAUGUGGACCUCCCAGAGGAUGGCUUGCAUGACGCUGACAGGAUGUCUCACUUUGAACGCUCAGAGAGGGCCGGUCGGCAGGGGCAGCGACGCAGACACCAUCGCUGGAGUGGACCCGAUCACUUCUACAAUGAUAGCAGGGCCCACGUCGUCCAGCACUACGACGGUCUCAAGGCUUCAAGGAUCUCUUCACGGCCGGUCCCACCUGAAGGCAGGCAGAGUGGCUACAAGGCAAUGCUGGAUGAACUCACGCUCAAGCACAUGACUCAGGACUGCAGCUCGCUCAAGAAUCAGCUGCUCAGGCUCAAAACAUUACUACAGCUCGAGGAUAACGAAUCUCCAGCAGAUCUUCCUGAAGAGGUUGAGGACAAUACCGCUGCAUCACAGUCGGAGGAGCUGAUUAAGGAAGUGCAGUUGCUCAGAGAGGAGCUGAGGAGUCGAGACCAAACUAUUGCUCGGCUCACAAUGCAGUGUCAACAGCUGCAACAACAUCAUCAGCGGGAACAAAUGCCUGCUCAAGGAUGGCCGGUCAGGUGUCAGUGCCACCACCAGAGGGCUCCCUCUUCACUACGACAGAGCGACCGACAGAUGGACAAACGGACGCAGCCUCACUAUGACAAGGCCACCCAGACGUACUGGAGACCACCAAGCCAAGUUGGUGCGCUGCCCACCCCAUUGCUGUCCCCGUGGCAGGCACAGCACCAGGGCUUGACCCGUACCAGCAUGCCCCAGCGCAGACAGAGAGUGGAGCACCUAGUGCAGUACUUCACUGACACGGCGUGGUACAGUAACGUUUCUUUAACAUGCGGUUCACUUGCUGCCCUCACCUCCUGCACGCCGGGCUGUGGUUUGCUGCCACGAGGCACGACUGAAGCAUGCCCUUCUACAUCUGCGUCUGCAUGCUUUGCCUUCAAUUUUCCGUUGUUUUGGAGUUUGGAUUUUGUGUAUCUGUACUUGGAACUUUGGUCUGCUCUUCUAAAGUUAGCUUUUUAAGUUUUGAUAUUUUUGUUAUUUUCAUUCAUCUGUUUUUUUGUGUCUUUUUAAUUUGUUCCAUCCUAUCAACUUGACUAUAUAAGAACUGUUAUGCAUGCAUGGGUAAAUCUCUCUGUGUGGUUUUGUUUUUCUAUAUUUUAUUCAUGAAACAUUCGAGAUGCUUGCCUUAAAGAAUUUGAGUGUAUUGAAAGGAAUAACAUUUAGGAAAACCCAUGUUACGGGACGUGAAUGCAUCACCGCUGCCCUAAUCGCCUUCAUUCUAACUCCACUAUCAAAGCAGUUAAGCACAGCGAGCAAAGGACAAAUCAAAGUAACCACACAUCCUCUGCUCUUACACUAUUUCCACUGCUUCAAUUCCAACACCAUCCAAAUCACCAUUUACACAACCAUCUAUAUUAAAUGGUACUACAAAGUGUAUUCUAGCUUUGAAAGGGAGUGCCACCAUAUUGCCACUCCGAUUCUGCUUAUGUGCCGCAAUCACAUUGUCUCCCGACAGACAUGAGGCGGAUCAUUCACAUCCUCAUUCGAAUUCUUGCCUGUUGAUUUGUCCAAUCACGCAGACAUUUUUCACGGUGAGAGAAGCGAUGAGAUGAGAUCGGUUAUGUUGGGCAUAACAUCUUUCAGGUGCUUCAAAUUGGCGUCUUUCUUGGUUAGAAAGAACAUUUCCAUUCAAGUGAUGGCUAUCAUUAGUGAGCUGAGGUAUUCCUGGCAGUGCAGUGAAGAGCUCAAAUGAUUAUUGCUAAUUAUUAUUAAUAUCUGUAGGAGACAGCUGUGGAUGGCAGUCAUUAUGGACCGUGACCUUAUAGACACUGCAUGUUUCCGGCACUGUCGGAGGUUUCUUCCAGAUGAGCCAGCUAUAAAUAUAUGCGCUCAAAGCGAACCUUGCAAUUAAAGGUGUCAUAUGUUCUUAUCAGAAUGGAAAUUUCUGGUGGUAUUUUUAACAUGCACCACAAUGUCCAAACUGAAAAAUAGUACAAGGCCCGUAUCUAUAAUGAUGGUGUCUGAUUUAUUGAGUCAUUCUUUGGAGACACCUGUCCUUUGUGGAUUGGAAGUCUUUUAUUUAGUUUUGAACGAUGAGACUCCGUAGGGAGUGCUCACUCUCAGACUGAAUCUCAAUAGGAACUGUACUGUAAGUUAACAUAACAUGCUCACCAUGUGAGUGACGGACUAAUCAGAGCUUUUGUAAGCAGCAACACAAUCAUCCAUUGUUAAGUUCAUAUUAAGUUUUUCAAUUACAGGCUUUGAAAUCUAAAAACAGUAUUUUUUUUCUUGCUUGAAAAAACAUGCGACAACAAACUUGACACUGAGAGGUGGACAAGGGUUUGGUAAUCGGCUCAAGGACGCAUUGUGGCAGGGGACCAGGAGAUGGAGCUGUGGCCUCGGACAUCCACUCCCACUCACAAUAUGAAUGACUGUGAAACGGGCACAGCAGCUUGACCUGCACAGCUUUAUGUUCACAUUCUCUGAGAUCUUUUUACUUUCAACUCACAGAGGGGAUGUUUCUGCUGAAACCGAGUUCAUGCUUUUCAGCAGCUUGAGACGGUUCCAGGUGGAUUUAGAUUCUUAAGGUUCUGUUCAAAGGACAUUGAUAGAAAAAGGCCAUUCCUUGGAUCUCUGAUGGCUUACAGAAUCUCAAACUGAGUAGGCACGUAACAUAAAAUACAGUAUUUUUUUAUAGAUGCUGAGGCUAUAAGCUAUUCAGAAAAUGGACUAAUAAACCGUAUAAAAUAUUCAUAUAUAUAGUUCAGUAUUGACUUUUUUGUGAUCUGAGCAACUCUGCUCUUGCUGGUAGUUUUAUGGACUAAUAAACACUGUUGCCCUUAUAUUCGGCUUAUCUUGAAAUGUGGUGCAGAAUAGUUGUAAACAAGGUUACAGUAUUUAAUGGAACUACAGUAUAUACAUCAUCAGGGCAUAUAGUGGUGGUACCUCUUGAAAUAGCAGAAUUAUCUACAUUCCUUUUUUUUUUUUUUUUUUUUUUAAAGUGGAGCUGAAAGUAUGUAGAAUCUGUGAAGCAUGCGGAGCGAGUGAACCGAUACAUCAUGAACACUUGUACAAAUCGAAACCAAAACAAAUGUGUGGAAACAAAAGUCAUGAUGAGUUUUUGUUUGAAUUUGUAGUUUGUUGUUGCGUCAUGCUGGAUAAUUAGCAGCUCUCUAACACAGACACAAAAAAAAAAUUGGAACAUAAGUGUCAGUGAGUCAGUAUUUGUUGCCAGGCUGUUAUAGAAUGGCAUUACUUUGUACAGGUGUUCAUGAUUUUGUGUUUGUACCUUGUAUGUCCCCGGGUGGAGGACAACACCAUGGUUGGUCUAAACUUCAUGUGGUUAACGACUCAGCACGUUGUUACACAGGCAGCAGGUAUCGUAGCGCUCAGUUUGAAUGUUUUUGAAGCCUCUCUGCAGCAGCGAUAACACAACGAGUCAAAGACUUCAGUAGAUCCCAGGCUCUCACAUGGCAAGGUUAUUCUCCUCUGCUUGUUUUUUAAGUGCUGAAUCAGGGCUUCCUCUGUGACUUUGCCUCUUCCAUUCUCGGAAUAGUUCAGCGACUGGCAGUGGAAACGAGCUCUGAUAUUAAAGAGUAAAUAAACUGUUUGCCUUUUGAUUUCGAAUUGUCUUUGCAGCAGCAAAAUGUUCAAAAGCCUGGAUUCCACAGGGAUCAAACACACCAAAAAAAAUGGGGAAGUUUAAAAUCCAGCCAUUUCUGGAACACGAUAAAAACAACUGAGAGCUGUACCUCAUUAUAUUCUGACUGAUCCAUGACUAUUUUAUACCCAUUUUAAAAAGAUCCUAUUGAUAUAUCUUUCCUCUUUUCUGCAGCCUCAAGUACUACAGCCUUUCAACCCCUGCCUCAACGAGCACCUCCGCCA